GCACAUUCAUCCAUUCAUUUAUAUAUAUGAACCUUCUCCUUUCAAUUUUUCUUAGCAUUCCUUACUGGUUAUUUGGCUUAUUGCAUAGUAUACAAUUUAAUACACUCUUAUGUAUUUAUGGCAACAGCUCCAUCGAUUCACACGCGUUAUGUGUACUCACCACAAAUUGCUUCUCAUUAUCGCAUUAAUGGAUCCCAACAAAGGCCUUCUUAUUCUUCGUCCUCCUCCUCCUCUUCUUCUUCUUCAUACUCUGCCUCUAAUUUCUCUUCCAUCUUCCUUUCUGCAGGUAGAAACAGAGGACAGAGAAAGCAUAGUGUUGGACCUCAAGCUAUGAGUACUGCAACUCAAGGAAACUCUAUUGCUAUAACUGCUUCCAAUAUCAACAAUGGUCCUGAGCAUCUGCUUGUUCUGGUUCAUGGUAUCAUGUCCGGCUCAAGUGACUGGACAUACACAGAAGCAGAGUUAACAAAGCACCUUGGGAAAAACUUUUUGAUUUAUGCAAGUUCAUCAAAUACUUACACCAAGACAUUUUCUGGGAUUGAUGAAGCUGGAAAGCGAUUAGCCGAUGAAGUCAUGCAAGUUGUAAAAAAGACAAAGAGCCUGAAAAGAAUAUCCUUUCUAGCUCAUUCUCUAGGAGGCCUCUUUGCUAGAUAUGCAGUUGCUGUACUUUAUUCACCUGAUACCUCUACUAGUGGCAAACUUGGUGAUCCACAAAACUGUACGAUGGAAAAUUCAGAGAGAACAAACUUUUCAAAAGGAGGGUUGAUUGCUGGGUUGGAGCCAAUUAAUUUUAUAACUUUAGCAACACCACACCUUGGUGUAAGGGGGAAAAACCAGCUUCCAUUUCUAUUUGGUGUCACCAUUUUAGAAAAGAUUGCUGCACCGGUAGCUUCUUUAUUUGUUGGUCAGACUGGUACUCAGUUGUUCCUUACAGAUGGUAAUCCCAACAAACCACCUCUUCUUCUGAGGAUGGCUUCUGAUUGUGAAGAUGGAAAAUUCAUAUCUGCACUCGGAACAUUUCGAUUUCGCACUGUUUAUGCCAAUGUAUCAUAUGACCAUAUGGUUGGAUGGCGCACGUCCUCUAUAAGGAGGGAAACCGAACUUGGUAAGCCUCCAAGCCAAUUUUUGGAUGGAUACAAGCAUGUUGUUGAUGUCAAAUACUGCACCCCAGUUCCUUCUGAUGGGUCCCAAUUCACUCCCCGGGCAAUGAAAGCUAAGGAGACAGCACAAAAUGCAAGCUAUACUGAGAAUACUGUGGAAUACCAUCAAAUCAUGGAAGAGGAGAUGAUCCGGGGAUUGCAGCAAUUGGGAUGGAAUAAAGUAGAUGUCAACUUUCGCUCAGCAACCUUGCCUUUCUUUGCUCAUUACAACAUUCAUGUGAAAAAUGAAAGGCUUCACAAUGCUGGUGUAGGAGUGAUUGCUCAUGUUGCUGACAGCUUAAGACAGUCAGAAGCAACAAUUUUGGCUCCUAGCUUCUAACUUCAAAGAAAUAAAAUCAUUAUUUUAAUUCAAAGGCCAUUGAUAUUUACAGUAGCAAGGGAAAGCAAAAGACAAAUUGUCUAAUCAUGCAGGAUCAUGGAACUACUUAGUUACUAACGAACUCAUCAGAACUCAGAAGCUAAUACUCAAAUGAUAUAUUGGAUAAUUCUCAGAAUGACUUCUCUUGAUUUCUAACCAAAAAAUAAAUAAAUUAUACAAGUUAUGUCAA